CGGAAAUUUUGGAGCCGGACGCUCCUAGUGCGAGUGAUUACAUCUUUCCUGGCAUUCUCCAUCGCAGAAGUCGACCAACUUUGAGCUGUGAUAUAAAACAAUUCCGCAAAUUUCCGCAGUGAAAUUUAAACAUACAUGUAUCAGAAGCAAGCUAUUACAUGGCCGCAGUUAAUAAGACUUGUUGAAAAUGAUGUUGGAAUUGGCAGAGAAGCAGUACUUCGCAAACUUCCAAAAAUUACUCAUGAACACCUAUACUUGACACCUUCGCUACGCAUGCGUGUGAAACCAGCAGCACAGAGUUGGGACAAGGUCAGAGUUCAAGAAAGCCAGCAUUAUAUCCAUACCGCAGUCCGGACGAUUGGCGUUUUGAGUGGUUGGAGAAAGAGUUUUUGGCAUUUCUUGAUCUGGGAAGCAGAGUGCCUUGCCACCCCUAACUUGACAUUAACUGAGAAAAGAAAGAUGUGCCUAAGCAUUCAAACUUUAGAAGGAUACAGAAUAACUGUUAACUCCUUUCUCAAACUUGGCAAAGAGUUAUUAAACAUUGAUGGUGUGAAGUACUUCUUGACAGAGAAACUUUUCUACCUCCAUGAACGUUCAAGGUAUAGAAGAAGAGAAAUUUUCACUUUUUUCUUGAUUUUUCAAAAAUUGAUAAAACGGUUACUUUAGACCUUGAUACAUCGUCCCAGGUUUACGGAAGAUCGGAAUUGUGAAAUAACGUUGCUCAAAUUAGUGUUUUAAAACGCUAGCAGAAACAACUGCCGUUUCGUGGAUAUUUGCAUAAUGUUUAUCUUUGAACGGGUUUAAAUGAUAACAUCUAAUCUGU